AUGAAAACUACAGCAACCGAAACUCCAACCCCCAUCUCGAAUACGACAGCAGCGCCUAUUACCACGACGAGUCCAAAGACAGCGACCGCUGCUACCACCAUCGCAACAACAACAACAGCAGCAGCAACAACAACAACGUCCACUACCCCGACUACAACCACACCUACUACGACUACAACAUCAACGACAACUAUCCCCACAACAACAGCAACUACUACUACUACAGCCACUACUACAACAUCAAUUACAACCACUACGACUCCAGAAACAACGACAACUACCACCACAACAACAUCAACAGAAGCAACAACCACUACUCCGACAUCAAUCACAACGACUACGACUCCAGAAACAACGACAACUACCCCCGCAACAACAACUACUGCAACGGCUCCAACAGUUGUCUUAAAAACGAUAAUAACCGAGACUUCGACAGCAACAUCCCUAACCACGACACCGAGUUUCACAACAAUGACAACUGCCUCGACUCCAACAAUGAUGGCGAGCAAUUCUACUACAGCAACAGCAGAAAUAGUGGCAGUAACCUCUUUAACUCAUGCGACGACAACGAAAAUCAAAUCAAGCACAACAACAUUUGAAUCUACAUCCACAUCUCCAAUUACUUCCCCAACUACAUCUGAAGAAGUAGACACAACUGAAGAAUCUUCGACAACUGAUACCUCAGAAAUUCCGGGAAUAGUCUUAGAGGAAACGUCUGCUAGAGACGAAGCACGGAAAAAAGCGGCCUUUCGCCUGCUGAUUCUCAGCAUAGGUAUGGUUGUCGUGUUGCUUCUCCAGCUGUUAUUCAUCAGAAUGCUAAGAAAGGAGUAUCGGAAACAGUAUGAACACUAUUUGCGAACUUUUAUGAGAAAAACAAGAGAUGAUAAGAAAUCGAAGAUGGCCCUGAAAAGUUCACAAGAGCCGAUGAAGACUCAGGUCCCAUCAAAGAUGAGUGGGGAAGGUUUCUUGACACCAGAAAAGCCGUCGAUUAUGAGCGGUGAAGGCAUUCUUCCAGCAGAAAACAAGACAUUGAAGAUGAGUGGUGAAGGCAUUAUUCCAGCGGAAAACAAGACGUUGAAGAUGAGUGGCGAAGGCGUCUUUUCACCAGAGAACAAACCAUUAAAGAUGAGCGGCGAAGACAUUCUCACACCGAAAAACAAUGUCGAGCAACAAGGUCUGAGCUCGUUUAAGUGGAAAGUUCCUUUGAAAUCAGUAGGGAGUGAUGAAAACGUUAUCGAUUACUACAAUGGAGCACAUAAAACUGACCAAAAACCUGACCAAAAACCUAAACCUUGA